AUGUUCGCCCGCCUCGCCAUGGGCCUCGACAAAAAACCAGAACUGAUCGCUCAUCUCACAACCACAGCCUCCAACGGCGGAGACGACUCAGGCCCUCGCGAAACCCUCCCAGAGCGCGCCGCAAACAUCAUCAGGUACGCCUUUGUAGCCUGCCUAAACGACCGCACCGGCACCUCCGCCUCUGGAAUCGACAAACACGGCACCCCCGAAGGCAAAAAACGCGGUAUCUAUGUGCUAGCAAACCUGUGUCUGAAGAUUUUGUUCGCGUGCCGUAAAACCCGCGGUGCAGCUCAAAUCUUUGAGAAUAUCUUUGUGUUGAGUCCGCCGUUGGGGGCGUAUCCAAAGGCUCAAAGGGUGACUUAUCUGUAUUACUUGGGAAGGUUUUUGUGGGCGAAUGGACAUGCGUAUCGUGCGCAAAAGGCGUUGCAGCAGGCGUGGACGGAAUGCCAUGGUCAGUGUUUGCAGCAGCGGCGCUUGAUUCUCAUUUUCCUGAUCUCGGCGAAUAUGGUUUGUGGACGUUUUCCGUCUGAGCAGAUGUUUGCGAGACCAGAGGCUUGUGGGUUGAGAGAGAGGUUUCAGCCUUUGUGCAGGUAUAUUGCAAAGGGCGAUAUUGUGAGCUUCAGACGGCAUUUGGAUAUUGGAUCUGAGCACUACGCGUGGUUCUCAGGCUACAGGUUGGAUUUACAGUUGAGGAACAGGUGUGAAGUUUUUGUUUGGAGGUCUAUCUGUCGAAAGACGUUUAUCCUACAUGGCGAUCCUGGCAACCCAGAGGCUCGCAAGGCACCCACUUUCGACUUGAAGGAUGUGCUGGCCAUCUUCCGUUGGCAAGAAACCGUCUACGCCACACCACCUGGAGCCUCGCAACCCGACAACUACAUCGAUCCGGACUUUGUCGGCAUGGUCGACGAACCGGCUGGCGAGGACGCCCUCGAUCUGCCCGACAUGAACAACAUUCACUCAAAGAUGACGGCACUGAUUCACCAAGGCCUGCUUGGCGGCUAUAUCUCCUUCUCAAAAGAGAAAUUCGCCAUCCAGGGUGCGAAGCUCAAGGGAGCGUUAGCAGCUGGCUUCCCGAACGCCUGGAAGACGAUCGAAGCACGCGCAGAUGACGAGGUACCUGGCUGGAAACUGGAGACCAGCGGACCUGCAUUUGGAGGUGGCGUUGUAAGGCUGAGUGGAGCGCGACCAGUAGGACUCUCAUAG